AUGGAGAAGUUUGACAAGUGGCGAGACCAGAAGCAUAGCGAGGAGUGGGAAAUGAUCAACGCUUUCUUCGAAGACGGUGCCGCGCCCGAUGGCGAGGGCGAAACCUAUGGCCAUAAGAAUGAUCCUCCGAGGUACACUAUCGAUGGUAUCAAAACGAGAGUCGAGCGCGAUAUUGGUGUUCCGUUCCACAGAGUAGGUGUGGGCGACGUACAGGAGUAG